AUGGGGUUACCCCUAAGCCUUUUUAAUGUGUCCAUUUCCAAGCUUUCAAAAGUAGUUCUGCUGUUCUUUUAUCUUGUGGUUGCGAACUCUUUAUACUCUUUGCAGCAGCAGCCAUCUUGCCAUGAUGUGGAGAGCUCUGCCUUGCUGCAAUUCAAGGAAAGCUUUGUCAUCAAGGCAUCUGCUUCGGGUUAUUUUGGGUCUUAUCCAAAGGUUUCAUCUUGGAAACUAGCUGAAGGAGAAACUUUCAACUGCUGCUCAUGGGACGGUGUCGAUUGUGAUGAGGAGACGGGUCAUGUGAUUGGCCUUGAUCUCAGCAGCAGUUGUCUCUACGGCUCUAUCAGUUCCAACAGCAGCCUCUUCAGUCUUGUUCAUCUACAGAGACUAAACCUCGCUGAUAAUGACUUCAAUUACUCUCUAAUUCCUACUAAAAUUAGGAAUUUGCCAAAGCUCACUUAUCUCAACCUCUCUGUCUCUGUCUUUUCUGGUCAAGUCCCAACGGAAGUUACACAGUUGUCCAAGUUGUCGUCGCUUGAUCUAUCUCUCAAUAUUGACCCAUUUUCUUGGGAAAAUUUGUUGAAACUUGAAGCAUCAACUAUGAAAAGCCUAGUUCGAAACUUCACUAGCCUAGAAGAACUUGAUCUUAGUCGUGUUGACAUAUCUUCAGGAGUAGCCAAUUACAUGGCAAAUUUGUCACUUUUGACAUCUCUCAACUUAACAAAUUGUGGCAUGUUUGGUGAAUUCCCCGCAAGAGUUUUCAGAUUACAAAACUUGAAAAUUCUUAGCAUGAGAUUCAACCAAGGUAUCACUGGCUAUCUGCCUGAAUUUAAUCGAAGUAGUCCUCUCAUGGUACUGGAACUGGCAGGAACAAGUUCUUCUGGAAUUCUACCUUCUUCAUUCGAAAAGCUUGAAUCCUUGAACAAGUUAGAUGUGAGUGAAUGCAACUUCUCAGGUAUGGUUCCCCUCUCACUUGGUAAUCUUAGGCAGCUCAGGUAUCUUGACCUUUCACUAAACAAAUUUAAUGGUCCAAUCCCUGCUUCCUUGUCAAACCUUACUCAACUCACAUAUCUCCAACUUUCUGAUAAUAAUUUUAGUAGUGGUCCCUAUUAUUGGCUUGGUAAGCAAACCAAACUUACUCAACUGCGCCUCGUAAAUAUCAAUUUAAGUGGUUACAUCCCAUCUUCUCUUUGCAACCUCACACAGCUCACUAAACUUGAUCUUUCCUAUAAUGGACUAAGUGGUCCGAUCCCAUCUUGGCUAGCUAACCUUAGCAGACUAGAAUCUAUAGACCUUGGUAUAAAUAAACUGAGUAGUUCAAUCCCCAAGUCAUUCUUCACUCUUAGGCAUCUCAACACCCUUUAUCGAGAUGGAAAUGACUUGCGCGGUUCAGUCGAGAUUCUUAAGCUACAAAAUGUCACCCGUCUUCAACUAACUGGUCCCAAGUUGGAAAUAUUGCUCACUGAAUCCAGAAUUGUGAAUGCGACUCUCCCAAACUUUACGCUUCUUAAAUUAGCAUUGUGCAACAUAAAAGAGUUCCCCAAUUUCCUAAGGUAUCAACAAAACUUGGAUUGGUUGGAUCUUUCUAGAAACAAAUUGCAUGGCCAAGUGCCGAAAUGGUUUUUGAACACAAGCAUAGAAACUCUGGGGUUUCUGGACCUGUCUCUAAACUUCCUUUCUGGCUUUGACCAUCAAAACUCUAUACUCCUUCCCUGGCUUAACCUAAUAGUUUUGAGGCUUUAUUCUAACAUGCUACAUGGACCUUUACCAAUACCUCGACCAAACAUCAUAUACUAUGCCAUUUCAGACAACAAGUUAGAUGGAGAAAUUUCACCAUUGAUUUGCAAUCUAAGUUCUCUUCAGUACCUUGUUUUGUUGAAUAAUAAGUUGAGUGGCAUGCUUCCUCAGUGUCUAGGAACCUUCAGUGAUGAUCUACGAGUUUUAAGUCUUGGAAACAACUCCUUCCACGGGUUUCUUCCCCAAACAUACUCCAACACAAGCAAUCUGAGGAUGAUUGAUGUUAGUGAUAACAAAUUGCAAGGACAAUUGCCGAGGACAUUGGAAAACUGUGUGAUGCUUGAGUUUCUUGUUCUGUCAAACAAUGAGUUCAAUGAUGUUUUUCCCUUUUGGCUGGGGACUCUCCCAAACUUAAAACUUUUGGCAAUGCCCCAUAAUGGCUUCUAUGGAGUGAUUGGAAAGCCUAAAAAAAAGCUUCACUUCCCUGAGCUGCGUAUUCUUGAUCUCUUAUAA